UCCUCGCCUCAUGUUAAAGCCCGGAGAUUGCUCUGGCCCCUCCAACAUCUUGUCUCCGCCAAAUUCUGACCGUGGCGUUCUCAAGUAGAAGCGGCUCCCGUCGCAGGAGGAAGAACUGCGCAUGCUCAGUACGCAGGCCCCGGGGUUCAACGGGGCAGACGGGGUGGGGUGUUGUUGGGUAACCCAGGUGGCUGUUUAUCUAAACGCGGGCGGAGGCUUCCGCGACGCGCCGAGCUUCCUGGGAGCGCGCGCGCGGCCGGUCGCCUAGGCGACGGGGGGAGCAGGGGCGGGGCCGCGCCGCCGGGCUCCGCCCCGGGCCGCCGGGCCCCGCCCCCAGCAGCGCUGCGGCUCGGGCUCGGGCGCGCGCUUCGGCGCCGGGAAGAGCGGCGGCGGCGGCGGCGGGCGGGGAGCUGGGCGUGGAGGCGCGAGGGGCGGGGCCGCCGGCACUGCGGGCCCGCGGUUCGGGCGGCUCCGUCGGCUCCUUGACUCACACUCCCUGCUCGCCCUUAGUGCCUGCCGGCGCCCGCGGUGCCGCAUUGCCGCCCGGCUCGGCCCAUGCCCAGGGCUGCUGCUCCCUCCGCCGGCGCCCGGGGGGCCGCGGCGGCCGUGAGGUGGGGGCGGCCGCGGGAGGCGGCGGGGCCGGCCGCCGGCGCAGGGUCCGGGCGCGUAGCGCGGCGGGCGUAGGUCUAUGUCGCGGGCAGCGGCGGCGGCGGCGGCCGCGGAGGGACGAUGCGCGAGUACAAAGUGGUGGUGCUGGGCUCGGGCGGGGUCGGCAAAUCCGCCCUGACUGUGCAGUUCGUGACCGGCACCUUCAUCGAGAAAUACGACCCCACCAUCGAGGACUUCUACCGCAAGGAGAUCGAGGUGGACUCGUCGCCGUCGGUGCUGGAGAUCCUGGACACGGCGGGCACCGAGCAGUUCGCGUCCAUGCGGGACCUGUACAUCAAGAACGGCCAGGGCUUCAUCCUCGUCUACAGCCUCGUCAACCAGCAGAGCUUCCAGGACAUCAAGCCCAUGCGGGACCAGAUCAUCCGAGUGAAGCGGUAUGAGAAAGUGCCAGUCAUCUUGGUCGGAAACAAAGUAGAUCUGGAAAGUGAGAGAGAAGUGUCCUCCAAUGAAGGCAGAGCCCUUGCAGAAGAGUGGGGCUGCCCCUUCAUGGAGACGUCUGCCAAGAGUAAAACAAUGGUGGACGAACUCUUUGCAGAAAUUGUGAGGCAAAUGAACUAUGCCGCGCAGCCCGACAAGGAUGACCCGUGCUGUUCUGCAUGUAACAUCCAGUAGCAUUCACACGUGGCUGUCCUGGUCAAGAGCUGCCCUGAAUCGUAGGCGAUACCAACCUCGUCUGCUCAGCAGUGGAGCUUGCAGGAUGUGUGGUGUGAAUCUCCAGUGAAAUAGCCGUCCUUGUUCAGAGUGGAGCAGUGAUGGUCAGUUGAUGUCUCUGAGUAACAUAUGGGUUCAGUAACUCCAGUCUUCGCCGUGGUCCUCAGUCUUCUCUAGGCACCUGCAGCUUCAGGCAUAGCCAAGUCGAUCUACAGAGUGUUCUCCUUUGAAAGCUAUCAUUGCAUUGUCGCUGAGUUGACAGAAGCAACCAUGGUAUAUGUUAAAAAUAAUCAUGGGCAAGAAACCAGAAGAAUUCCUGUGACCACUUACAAUUAAAAUAUUUUGUCUUCUGUUAAAAAAAAAAUUAAGGAGAAAUAUUUUCCUACAAGAGUACUGAAUUUCAGGAACUGAGAUAGUGCUUCUAACCAAUGUAUCACGUCAAGUAAGAUAACAACAGCUGACCUGCCAACAGCAUUACAGGGAGAGAUUCUUUGCUCAGCUGACAUAUUUGUUUUUCAAAAUCGAUGCUUAAUUGUAGAUGUUAUCCUAAUUUGUGACACGGAACUAACUCACACAUCAGUCCUUGAUAGAGCAAAAGUCACAACAGGUUGUGUAAAAAUACAGCCUAGUGUUAGAAUGUGCCAUCACCUGCUUUGCCCAGAAAGUGGAGACUCUUACAAGGGUUUGAGCCGAAUUAAAACCCCAAACCCACCCUCUGUUAACUAAGCAGGGAUGGUCUUUAUUACUUUACUGAACAAGAAGGAAGCAACUGUGACGGAAAGAGAUUGUGUAGCCUUACUAACGAGAAGUGUUCUAGUAGAUUAACUAGUACCAUCAUGUAAGGAAAACGAAGCCAUGUUGCAUCCACAUGUUCCCGUUUGCAGAAACCUCACAAGACAGUACAGAUAUCUUGCAUUUUUACGUUCGUUAAAGCAGCAAAUUCCUUCUUGCCUUUAAGGGCUAUGGUUGUGGUGUGAUUCUUGGCUAACCUGCUUUCGAAAUCAAGUUUUCUAUAGCAGAGCUUUAUCGCAGGCAUUUAAAAAAUUGAAUAACCAUGAGAAAUAAUUUGGGCUUAAAAGUAGAACAUAAAUUAUAGAGUGGAAGUUAAGAGACAAAAAAAAAAAAAAACCCUUUAAUUUUCCUGGAGAAUUAUAUAAAGAUUUUCUUAUAACAAUUUUGCCCUGAUUACUGAAGUGGCAAAUAAAGCUAGAGUGAAUAUUUUGUUUUGAAAAGGUGCUCAAGUUCUGACAUUUUUGGUUUUCAUAGCCGUAAAGUAUUUAUCAUUUGCAUGACUAAAGGCACACGAAAAACCUAUUCAUACGUUUUACAAUCAAGCGCAGAAGGGUUUUCAACUAACUUCAGAGUUACAAAUGCUGAAGAGAGUAUCUUGAGCUGAUCCUCUGGAGAUAAAUUUGGCCUUCAGAACUGCAGUAUCACUGAGCCUGUGAUCGACAUACCGCCCCACAUGUUGUUGGUUUCACGCUCUUGUGCAAGUAAGCUCGGGUCUUAUGUGUGUAACUGAGCGAAGAGUGUAUGUUUGCGUGUGCACGUAUGUUCAUUGUUCCUACGAAUUUGGCACAAGUCAGAGAUAAUUGCCUAUAAUGAGAAUCUGUACUGCAGGAUAUAGUGUAUCAAAACCAUUUUUUUCUUUCAAAUUAUUUGUUUUUAUACAUUAUUGAAAUCAUUGGUAGCCCCCCAAGUGUUUAGUAACCUGACAUUAAGGUUAGAGGAGAGAAAAAAGGUGGAUAGUCCUUUUUGUAGAUGAGAAAACAGAGAUCUGUGGGUAAAACCAGGCCGUGGUUGUCAGAAGUCUUUGAAUUGUGAAUAUUUGCAUUCUUCAGUAUAGUUUUUUUUUAUGAUCCCCAAUUAUGAAGCACCUUGUUUAUAGGACAGAAAGUUCUGACCAGUUUUAUUGAAAUAAAUUUCAUCACGUAAAAGGUGAUUUGACUCGAUCACGUGGAGAAAUCAAAGAUUCAAGAAGUAUGAUUUUAUCAACUGAAUUAGAAAUAUUUGUUAGUGCACUGUUUGAGUUUUGAAUCCUGUAACUUCUAAGAAUGAUUCUGUUUUUUAGAAUUCCAUAUUUGGUAGCAAUUUAUGGCAACAGAUUACAUAUUAAAAACAUCUAUAAAGAUUCUACAGUUUUACAUUGUGGAUUGCUAUGCAGACAAGAAAAGUUAAAUGAUAUGAAAGGUAUGGCAAGAUACAAGGUGGAAAAGGUUAUCUAAAAAUUUGGGUUUUAGUUAGACGUGUUUGUCAGACAAUAAGGUGGUUUUUUACUGUAAAGAUGUUAAUAACUGAUUUGGCUGCCUGAUCAGUGUUUCCACGCAGCCCUGAAUAUUUAGUGACAAAGCAUCAAAGAUACGCAGAAAUGUGGAAACGUUUGUGUGCUCUUACUGUUGGUAUUUCAUCUGGUAUGGAUAUAACUCAGCUUGAAUGAAUGUGUUUGUUGAGAUGUUAAUACAAAGCUUAAGAACAGGAAGAUGAAAUUUGUUGGCACAUGAAAUAAUAGUGGCUAAAAGUUGGUGACCUUGGGUCACUAUUUAUUUUAUGCCCUGAUCAGACUAGCAACUAGAUAAGUGAAAGUUUUUCUAACAUGCCUUAAAAAUGUUAUGGUUUGAUCCAAAGACCCACUUUUUCUUUAGCUACUAUGAUAAGUUUUUCUUUUUUUUUCUGUUUCAUCUCGUUUUACUUUUAUACAAAGGCAGCAUUUUUUAAGUUUUUUUCGUUCUAUAUCGCAACUUUUUUUUUUUUUGGUUCUUUUAAGCUGUGAUAGUGAUGGUAACUGAUGCCUUUCAUUUUGUUCAACUUAUACAAAACAAGCCAGCAUCUGAUCAAAAGUAUUACAUAAAAUCUCCCUUAAACUAUUGAAAGGUGCUUUGAUGAUUUUCUCCUUUGGUUUGUAGAAUUAGGACUGAAAUUUUGACUCUGAUCGCUACAGUUGCCAUCACUUUUCUGUGGUAAAACUACUGAUAUUUGCUCUUCUGUAUAAAGAAAUGUUGCCUAAGGGUGUCUGCUGUUUGUUUUCAGAAGUUGCCCACUGGGGGUAUUGUCUAUAUGUAUGAAUAUGAAAGUGCUUAUUUUGCUUGUUGCCAUUGGUUUUUUGUUUGUUUUGUAGUUUUUUGUUCUUCUCAGUAGUCUUGUGUUAGCACUUGGGUAAGCUUUAAUUGUCUCCUUAGCCAAUCAAAUGUUAAAGACUAUGGGGGUCUUUUUUUUUUUUUUUUUUUUUUUUAACGUGUCACAUUGUGCAUCUCUUAAAUCUUGAUCAGGGUUUCAAGAAUGACUGCAGUGGGUUUUGGAAACAGACUUAUCCUUAUUGAUUUGGGAUUUCCCAGAGAUAAAUAUAGUUCACAGUUAAUUGUUGAGCUCUAAUACAACUGACCAUUUAAAAUUGAACAACAGUUUAUUGUUUUGUAACAAUGUCAGUUGUUAAACCUUGACAUUUCAAUUAAAACAUGAAUUGUAGUUAUAACUCAAUGCAAAUUCAACAGUUGUAUUUGGAGUUAAAUUAUUUUAACAAAUAAAUUUAUUUAA